GGUAGUAUGUGGCGUCACUUCGCUGACAGUUGUGACGUGAGCAAUGUAUGAGCUGUGUAUUAAAACUUAACAGGAUCAUCCGAUUAUUUUAAUACAGAAUAACAAACAAGACGAUCUGUUAUUUAUGUCAACCACUAUGGACACACAGACAUUUAACACACGAAGAAAAAUACUGAAUCAUGUAGUUUGCAGCAUUUUAAUGGAGUGUGGUUAUGAAACAUGUGAGAAACAAGUAUUAGAGACUCUCACCGAGAUGCUACAAUCAUUUAUUGUGGAGAUUGGAGCAUCGGCGAGAAAUUAUUGUGAACUGUCUGGGAGGACGGAACCUCUCAUAGCCGAUGUGAUUCUCGCGUUAAUCAAUAUGGGCAUAAAGAUAGAUAACAUCGAGACAUAUGCGAAGAGACAGAACAGAACAAUUUUACCGCCACUUCAACAACAGACACAGUCGAGGCAAUCGAACAUCUUGCAGGCUGGUAUCAAGCAGAACCACCCGUCGCACAUACCAAGUUACCUACCACCCUUCCCUGAUCCACAUGCAUACAUCAGAACUCCAACACAUCGUAGACCAGUAACAGAGUACGAAGCGAUAAGAGAAAAGGUAGCAACACAGAAGCGUGACAUCGAGAGAGCUUUGACUAGGUUUAUCGCCAAAACUGGAGAAACGCACAGUUUAUUUCUCACGGAGGAUAACAGCAUGUUUCCCUUGAUAUCCUGUAAACCGCAAUUCCCGAGUUACAUCUCUGCUCUUUUACCUCAGGAUCAAAUAUUCGAACCGGACACAGACUUCCAGUUUGAGUCGAAUCCGACGAAAAAGAAAAAGGAGGAAAAAACUGAAGAGAGAAUUGAAGAAAACGAUCAAACGCAAGGCGAGAACAUAGAGCAGAAUGGUGAAAAUACUACUCAGCAAGACAUCAUAGAUAAUCCAUAUUUAAGGCCCGGAAAAAUGCCAAAAAACAAAAUGCCAGGAACGACGGUUCCCGGACAGCCAUCUGCCAAGAAGGAACCGCUAGAAUCUUCGGUACCUUGAAAUAAAACGCAAUCCAUUUAUUUAAGUGAUUUCUACAUAUAUAUGUAUAUACACGUCUAGAUUUUAUAUUUAUUUACGUUGCAUUUAUGCAAAACAAUGCAUAGUCAUGAUUUGUGGUAAUUAGAAAUAAAUACUACUACGUUAAACUAAGUUAAAGUACAACUAAGUUAAACAAUAAAUGUUAUUUUUAUUAUAAAGGUGGUUACAUAAAA